AGGUAAUCGUUCACAAAUUGACUCUGGCUCUUUCUCCCAUGGUUUUUUCCUUCAGAAAAACAAAUGGAAGAUUUUGGAGUGAUAACGGUUUGACUUCUUUAGGUGUUAUGGGAAGCCUGACUCAAUUGGGUUACCCAGAAUGACCUCUGAAGUGACUCAUGUGUUGCACUGUUCUAAGUCGGUCUCACAGGUGGUCCUUUUUUUUUCAGGUACCUCUUCCUCCUGGCUGGAGGAGGCACCCUGGCCUGGGCUGCUAUGGGUUCCUUGGCUCUGCUUGUCUUCAUCCCUGCUCUGUGCUCUGUGGUUCUGAUCUACUCACUGGGCCCACGGGAAGUGCACAGGUGGACUUUCUUCUUUCAGAUGAGCUGGCAGACGCUGUGUCACCUGGGUCUGCACUACACUGAGUAUUAUCUGCAAGAACCUCCUUCUAUGAGGUUGUGCAUCACUCUUUCUUCCCUCAUGCUCUUGACCCAGAGGGUCACAUCCCUCUCACUGGAUAUUUGUGAGGGAAAAGUGGAGGCAGCACCAGGAGGCAUCAGGAGCAGGAGCUCUUUGUUUGAGCAUCUGUGUAAGGCACUGCCCUACUUCAGCUACUUGCUCUUUUUCCCUGCUCUCCUAGGAGGCCCUCUGUGUUCUUUCCAGAGAUUUCAGGCUCGUGUUCAAGGGUCCAGCUCUUUGUGUCCCAGGCACUCUUUCUGUGCUCUGACCUGGAGGGGUCUGCAGAUUCUGGGACUAGAGUGCCUAAAGGUGGUUAUGAGGGGGGUGGUGAGUGCAGGCGCGGGACUGGCCGACUGCCAGCAACUCCAGUGCAUCUGUGUCAUGUGGUCCACAGCUGGGCUCUUCAAACUCACCUACUACUCCCACUGGCUCCUGGAUGACUCCCUCCUCUGUGCAGCGGGCUUUGGAUCUGAGUUUGGUCAGAGCCCUGGGGAGGAGGGAUACAUCCAUGAUGCGGACAUUUGGACAUUGGAAACAACCCACAGGAUAUCCCUGUUCACGAGAAAGUGGAACCAAAGCACAGCUCGGUGGCUCAGACGCCUCAUUUUCCAGCAUGGCAGGGCCUGGCCGUUGUUGCAGACCUUUGCCUUCUCUGCCUGGUGGCAUGGACUCCAUCCCGGACAGGUGUUUGGUUUCCUUUGCUGGGCUGUGAUGGUGGAAGCUGACUACCUGAUUCACACCUUUGCCAAUUUGUUUAUCAGAUCCUGGCCGAUGCAGCUGGUCUAUAGAACUGUCACUUGGGCCCACACCCAACUCAUCAUUGCCUACGUAAUGCUGGCCGUGGAGGUCAGGAGCCUCUCCUCUCUCUGGCUGCUGUGUAAUUCUUACAACAGUGUCUUUCCUAUGGUGUACUGUAUUUUGCUUUUUCUGUUAGCAAAGAGAAAGUAUAAAUUUAACUGACAUCUUUCCCCAGCCUUCGUCUUAUACAUCCAUGACACAGAAUUUAGAAAGUGACAGAUGGUGCGUUGUAGAUGCAUAUGUUUGAACUUUUCCAUAAUAAAAGGUUUUUUUAAGUAUUGCAUGAAUAUACCUGAUAUCUUGCCAUAGUAAUUUGCGUGUCUAUUUUAGCAAGCUAUUAUACUGGUACAGAGGAUCCCCAAAAGAAAAAAGAUGUGGUUUCUUCCCUUGUAGUUUACAGUUUCAGUGUAGAGCAGUUUAAGUAAAGCGAUACAUAAAAACAUAAGGUACUAUGAACCAAAUGGCAAAUGGUAUAUACAUGGACUUCUAAAAAUUGAGUGUCCGAUUGGUCCACUUGAUCCUGGCAUGUGAGUUUAGCAAGACAAAAACACCAACGAAACAACACUUAAAUCCCAUUAUAUUGGCUUGUUACAUGAACUAGAGACUCAUCCUUAUUAAGCUGAAAAAUUUGGUCUAAGAAUGAAAAGGCUGAUAUUAUUUCAGAGAUAUGUUAAUAAACUGAAAAUGCAGCUAAGACUUGAUAACCACUUACGUAAUUAUUAAAUAUAAAACUGAUUCAUGAAAUAUGUCACAUGAAGAGACCUGUAACAAGAAGCAAGCACUGUUUUAGCACAACUUUGAGGGUCUGGUUCCUUUUUCUCAACAUAUCCUAAAUAAUUCCCUCUGUUCCUUCCUCUGUGAGGAUUUAAAAUACACUGAGAGAAAGAUGUCGCACCUCCAAGUUACAGUGAAGCAAUGCCAUUUAACUAGCACUUUCACCACCCUACCCAUCUGCAGGCCUCCUGGACUAGUAUAUAAUUACUAGUUUUCUUUAAAUCAACUUUAACUCCACUUACUUUAAAAGCCUUCCCUCUUUUUAAGAACUGGCAUUGGUGAAAACUGGGUUUAGUGUCCUAAUUAUAUUUUAUUCUAGUACUCACUAAAAGAAACACAUACUUGUUUAAAUGAAAGAUGUGUAUUUGUGUACUGCUUAAAAUCACCUGCUUACCCAGGAUUACAUCUCCUCUACCAUAGGAAGCAUUGUACAAUUAUCUAAACUUCCCAAACCAAUCAUUUUCAUCCUUCUCAAAAUAUAAAAUUGCAAGCUUUUACUAUUUAAAGCCUGACAAAAAUAAUACUAAGUUAGAAGUCAUAGGUCACUUAGCAAGUUCUUGGUCAAUAUCACUCACUAACAUGAAGAGAGCAAACAUCCUAGUCUUAGCACACAGACUAUCUAACACAACAAGCAGCGAGGACUUGGAUGAACAGAUGGCAUGGGCGUUCUGUUCCAUGGCUGGCCUGAAUCAUCACAAUACUCUACUCCUCACACCACAGUCAGUAGCUUAAAGGAGACAACACAGACCAAUUGGGUUUCCCAGGAUUGGGGACAAUAGACAAGGGGGAAAUGGUAGACAUAGUCAAGGGCGUUUUGAAUGACUCCAGGAGCAUUACGAACAUGUUACUAAACUAAUGAUCCUUAUUGAGAUUCCAACCGGAAAGGCAAGUGGGGUGGUGGUGGUAGUGUAGUAAGUUGGGAGAAAAUUUAAAUAAUCAUUGCAGCACUAUUUAUUAUAGAAAAAGAAAAUAGUCAACAUUAGCAGAAUAGUUAAGCAAAUUAUGAUAGACUACAGAGCUAUUAACAAUGGGUGCUUUUCAGAGAGGCACUUCUGGGGAGCUGACUACAUGUAUGUAUGUGUCAGUUUGUGAAAAUCCUUAGAACUCCACACUUAAGAUACACGUAAGUUCUGUAGUAUGUUACACUUCAAUCAUUUUUAAGUGAGUGGUUUUAAUGUUUAGGGAAAUGCUUAUGAGAGAAUGUUCAAUUUUUAAAAUUAGUUGCUUAGUAGUCUUUUGAAAUGCAAUUCAGUCUCCAAAUUUAUGGCCCUUGGUCUCUGUUGAUGGCCAAGGAUAAUUCCUGCUCCUCUGAUUGGUUAAAACUAGAACAUCUAUUUCCAUCCCUUCUAUUUGCAACCUAGAGGAAGGGUUUCAUGAAGCUGGACAGGAUAAAGAACAGUGAGAUUUGAGAGACUUCAAUCUCAGGGAAAAAAGUCAAAGCCCGCAGGAACCAUCUGUCUGCAGAAAUGUGAUCCUGGGAUCCAAGAAGGGUAAAGAAUAGGGAGAAUGGAUCUUCUUCCAGUCUUCAUUUCCUUUGUUAAGACUUAACUCCUGUUCCAGACUCCUGCCCCAGAUGCUCCCUCAGUAAUUGGCAACUUUAGUUUUCCUUUCCUUCAAUUACUGAUUCUGUCACUCCCAAGACUCUACCCAUUGCCUGUUUCCCUUGGAUACAUGACUGGUAGCACCUGCUUAUUCACCUCUCUUAUUAAUCUCAUGGCUCUGACUUGCUUCCAGAACUGGAUUUGAUGUUUUUCUUCUCGUUUGAUAUAGAAGUCGCCCCCAGGCCUCCCCUGCUUUAUGUCUUGUUCUGGCCCAUUUGUUGGCCCAAACAGAACAGUAUUUUGACAAAUCAUGCUUAUCUUCUACAAAUGCAAGGAAGGGGCCAACAGCCUGUAGACAGGAGCCCUGGACAAGUGAAUCAGGUUCUGUGGGCCAAGUAUUAGUGCUGAGCGACUCAUUGAAACAGCCCCCAGUGGGCAUACGUAUCCUGACCCCUGGCCUCCCACCUUUUAUCAAUCACUCUGAAGGGCUUGGUAGGAGCCAUUACUGUAACAUUUUUUGGGGGUUUGGUAGAAGGGGACCCUAUCCAGUUGUUUGAAAAUAUCAUUGUGUGCAAUUCUGGUGAUUAAGAAACCCCUGAAAAUGGGAUAAGCCAUGAUAACUGCAAAGCUCAGAAUCCUGGCAAAGCUUAAUCAGAAAAUUAUUUAACAGAAAGCCACAAAAUGUGUCUUCCUAAGAGCACCAAGGAACUACAGAUACCAUUAUUUGUGAAAUGGCAUUACCUAAUAAAUGUUCCAUGGAAACUUAAGGUCACCUCUUGACCUAUUAUUUUGGAUAAGCUAGGCUCACGUCCCCCUAAUGCAUAGGUAACCCCUCACCUGUGCUGGUUUUACUCUGUUGGCAGGUGCCGUGACCAAUAGGUAGCCAGUGGAUCUAAACUGGAACCCAGACUUGGCGAUCCACCCUAAUUGUUAAACUUCUCCACAGGAGACAAUCCAGUCUUGGUUUUUUUUUACCCAUGUAGUUUUAUAAAGCAGACACAGGGAGAGUUCACUGAUACACAUCCAAUCCUUGUUCAUCAAUUCCAUGAGAACAUGGGAAAGGAGGCCCAGAUGGAGAAUUUUGAGGAGUUUGUCAUGGCAAGGAUUAGAUCUUUCCAACCAGGUAAGUGCCAAGGAAGCCAAGUUUUACCUCUGUCCA